AUGAGGGUCGUGAGUGUCAGUACUGUACUGCUGCUAGUGAGCCUGCUCGCUGCAGCAGCUCUAGCUAGUGAUGCAAGUGAUCGACAGGGGCGAGCAAAGAACAGGGUAAGAGCUGUGGAGGAGCUGCUGAGAGAAUUGGCCGAACGGGAUGAUGCGGAUGAUGAUGAUGAUGACGUGAGUAAUGGAGAAGCUCUUUAUCAGGGAUUGAGGGAAAGCUAUGGCCUUGAUCAAGAUGACUAUGGCGAUGAUGAGGAUGACGACGAUCAGUGGCAUGAGCGUGAGAGUGGAAAUACCAAACACCUCAGGCGAGAGAACGCAGUAGAGGAUGACGAUGAUCAUGACGAUGACGAUGAUGACAGCGACGAUGAUGAUGAUGAUGAACGAUUUGGUGAAUUGCGCAAGCGUGUAAAGGCAGAGCCAUUUAUUAUUCAUAGAUUUGCACCACGGGUGGGCCCCAAGCUGCCUGCCGCGGAACCGUUCUUGAUUCACCAACCUCCUGCUUAUCCCCGGCCACGCGACCCGCCAAGGCCCACUCCGACUUCUGCAGCCAUGACGUCACCGCCAGAAGAACCCACUGUUGAAACAAAGCGUCGCCGUGGAAGUCGCCGUGGAAGUCGCCGUAGAAGAAGUGUGAGGCGCCUCCGUACACGUCCUACCAGCCGUAGAUAUGCACAACGCCGUAGGCGGCUGAUUCGCCGGCGUAGGGCAGGGUGA